GAAAAAAAAAAAAAAGCGAAAGGCAAGAGGGAGAGCCAAUGAUCCCUCAGGCAUCCCAACAAGUCUGGACGGUUCCGCUGCUGCUUAGUUAAGCCGAGUCGAGGAACGGAGCCUCACGGAUCAGAAUGGCUUCAGCUAUUCAUCAUCAGCAUGUUACCUCACCACUAGACACGUUCUGCACUUAGACGCGCUAAAUUAACGCUGUCAGAAGAUUUGGGUGACAUUACUGCGGGUUACUCACUUUCACGGAUUUCCUCCGUCCCUAUCAUCGCUGACAGGUGGACAUCACCGGGUUACAUUUCUACGUUGAACAUACCGGUGCAAAGGAAGAAGAGGGAGAGAGGAUAUGCCACAGGUGGAACGGUUGGAUAGGACGUGAACAAGUAUUUGGUCCAGAGGAGCUGCUACACAGAGAAUUGUAGGAGUCGUCAGGUAGUAAAGAUGUGGGGCUGGUUUCUGCCUGUGGCGGUCCUACUGUCAUCUGUAAACCAGGCUAAGGCUCAGGGCCGGUGUAAUAACGCUCAGGCAGCAGACAUCGUCUUCCUGAUCGACGGAUCCUCCAGCAUCGGCAAGCUCAACUUCCUGCAGGUGAAAGGCUUGAUGGUGGGCGUGGCCAGGCCUUUCAUCAGCAAUGUGGGCCAAUCAGGAGUCCGCUUCGGGGCCGUGCAGUACAGCGACACGUCGAGGGUUGAGUUCACGUUCACCACCUACCUGAACGGCACGGAGCUGCUCCAGGCUCUGGAGAACCUCACCUACAAGGGCGGGAACACUCGCACCGGGGCCGGCCUCAAGUUCGUCGCGGACAACUUCUUCAACCCCGCGACCAGUCGGGACGUCCCAAAGAUCGUCAUCCUGAUCACGGACGGCAAGUCCCAGGACAGCGUGCAGGAGCCCGCCCAGAGGCUGCGGAGCCAGGGGGUCAUCGUGUUCGCAGUCGGUGUGAAGAGCGCCGACCGGAGCGAGCUGGGGCUGAUCGCCUCCGAGCCGCGGCGCGACUUCACCUCCUUCGUGGGCGAGUUCAAGCUGCUGAACACGCUGCUGCCCCUGGUGGGCCCGCGGGUCUGCUCCAGCGCCGGGGGCGUGUACGCCAGCGACGAGGCCUACUCUGGUCCGUCCAACGUUCAGUUCGUGGGCCAGACCUCUGAUUCGCUGAGGUUCCGCUGGAGUCCGGCUGGAGGGCCCGUGAGUGGCUACGUGGUCCAGUACACGCCUUUGUCCGGCCUGGGACAGCCAAUCACCGCAGACUUACGUCAGGAGACGGUGUUGGCGAACCAGCGGUCCUUCACGGCCCGGGAGCUGCGGUCGGGGACGGACUACCUGGUGACGGUGAUCGCCCAGUACCCCAACAGUGUGGGCGAGUCCACGUCCGCCAAGCAGCGCACCAGGUCCUUGCCCGGGGCGUCCAGUAUGCGCCUGGUCCAGGCUGGGUUCUUCUCUCUGUCUCUGGCCUGGGAGCGCCCCUCCACCUCCUUCCAGGGUUACAGGCUGACCUACGGCCCGCGAGGACAGGCCUCCAGCCAGCUGCAGACGCUCACCCUGCCCGCGGACACCUCCUCCACCACCCUGGAGGGGCUGCAGCCCGACACAGAGUACGCCCUCAGCCUCUACCCGCUGUUUGCACGCAACGCCGCCCCGCCGUCCAACCUCACCGCCCGCACCCUGCGUCUGGAGCCUGUGCAGCAGCUGGUGGUGGACACGGAGUCGGAGAGCAGUGUGCGUGUGCGGUGGAGGGGCGUGUCCGGGGCCCGGAUUUACCGGCUGGUCUGGGGGCCGUUCACUGGCCGUGCUGUGGACACCGUGGAGGCGGCCGGGAGCCGGGAGUCCCACUCUCUGACCGGCCUGACCGCCGACACGGAGUACAUCGUCACGGUGAUCCCGAUCUACGAGACCAGCACUGAGGGCCCCGCCACCACCGCCAGGUUCAAGAUAGAGCGGCAGGAGCAGCAGGUCCUCAGGGCUGAGCCCUCCAGCCCCUCUGCCAUCCGCCUGCUGUGGAACCUCAUCCAGGCGUCCAGAGGCUACCGCCUGGAGUGGAGGCAGGGCCAGGGAGGCGCCGUGAAGAGCCAGUCCUUCCCUAAGACCACCACCAGGUUCAUGCUGUCAGGCCUGCAGCCCGGCACCGAGUACCUGGUCACCCUGUACACCCUGUACGAGGGCCGCGAGGAGGCCACGCCCGCAUCCACCUCCUCCGCCGUGGACCAGCCGGUGGGCCAGGUAUCGAACCUGCGGGUGGUGGAGUAUCUGGGCAGUACUGUGAGGCUGGGCUGGACCGGGGUGGCCGGAGCCACCCAGUACCGCCUCCUGGUGGUCAACUCAGACGGGGGGACCGAUGACACCCACCUCCUCCCUGGAACCCAGACGACCCUUGACCUCCGGGAGCUGAUCCCGGGCCGCUCCUACGUGGUGACGGUCAGCGCCCUAGUGGGGGGUCAGGAGGGGGACCCCGUCACCGUCCUCAUCCAACCAGAGGAAGGUGUUGGGAGGAUCGGGGAUCUCAGAGUGAUUCAUCUCAACAGUCGGAGAAUGCGUAUUGGCUGGCUGGGUGUUACCGGGGCAACGGGUUACCGAGUAACGUGGAGACAAGGCAACAGUGCGGAGCAGGCCCGGGUCCUGGGAUCGGAGGUGACGGUCUUCACCAUCGAGGGCCUCCAGCCUGACGAGCCUCUGGUGGUGGGCGUGGCGGCGAUGGCGGGGCAGCGCGUGGGGGAGGCGGCCACGCUCUCGGCCCGCACCAACGCCAACGGCAACGGCGGGGGCGUGUCCGGCCUCCGCGUGGUCGAGGCCUCGUCGCAGAGGAUACGCAUCUCCUGGUCACCGUACUCCCGGGCGACGGGAUACAGGGUGGUCUGGCGCCGUGAUGACGGUGUGGAGGUCACUCGUAGUUUGGCUGCCGACACCACCUCCUUCUCCAUCGACGGGCUGCAGGCGGACUCUGCCUACAGGGUGUCUGUGUACACGCUGGCCGGCUCUCGGGAGGGGAACCCCGUCUCUCUCAACGUCCGGACCGAGACGGACCUGCUGGCGGUGGGCACGGUGACCUCGCUCCAGGUGCAGGAGCCCCACGGCGAGGUGAUCCGGGUGACCUGGGUGGGGGUGCAGGGAGCAACGGCCUACCGCGUGACCUGGAGAAGGGUCGACGGCGGAGAGGAGAGCCGGAAGUUGGUCGGGGGAGACGUGACGUCGGUGGAGCUGGACCGGCUGGACCCGGGAGCGCAGUACGAGGUCCAGGUCAUGGCCCUGGUCCAGAACCGGGAGGGCUCCCCCGUCUCGGUCCGGGUCACCACGCCGGUGGGCCCGGCGACGCCCACGCAAGCGGUGACCGGUCUGCGCGUUGCCGAGGUUACGGAGACGGAAGUCCUGCUGGGCUGGGUCCCUGUCCCCGGGGCAACCGGGUACUACCUGAGCUGGAGGAGGGAUGGAGACGCGCCCCCGGGCCAGUCCCUCACGCUGCCCGCCUCCUACACCUCCUACCGGGUGACCGGCCUCCGUCUGGGCCAGCGGUACCGCUUCACCCUGCAGGCCAACGGGGCCCGCGGCCCGGGGCCCGAGGUCGCUGUGGAGGAACGCACCGUGUGUGUCGGGGGCCGCCUGGACGUGGUCUUCCUGGUCCCGGCAUCCCAGGACCGGGCCGGCCUGAGGGAGCAUCUGUUGGCCCUCCUGACCAGCGCCGCCGGGUCUCUGGCCACCCUCGGAGCCCGCGACUCUCAGGUGGGAGUUGUGGUGUAUAGUUCCAGACCCAAAGUCUGGUUCCUGCUCAAUCGCCAUAGCAACCAAGAGACGCUGUUACAAGAAAUCCUGUCCACACCUUUCGACGACACCUCGGGCAAUAACAUUGGCCAGGCGCUGACACUCACGAGUCAGGUCCUACUAAGGUCCUCAUCAGGGCGAAGGGCCAGGGUGCCAGGGGCAGUGGUCAUCAUCUCAGACAGAAAGUCCAGCGACGACAUCACCGGGCCAGCUAGCGCUCUCAGGGCAUCAGGUGUGACGGUGCUGGCGGUGGGCGUGGGGCGGGCCGACGAGCUGGAGCUGCGGCAGGCGGUGACGGACCAGAGCCCCCAGAACCUGCUGACCACGCGGGACGCGGCCCAGCUCGGGGCGCUGCACUCAGACCUGGCCGGCCUGCUGUGUGGCAUCGCCAGAAUACCAGAUGGACCUGGAGGGACAGAGCAGUGCACGGUCCAGUGCCCUCGGGGUGAAAGGGGAGACCGUGGACAGAAGGGGGAGGGAGGGCGAGACGGACUCGACGCACGCAAGGGAGAACCUGGCCGUGACGGGCAGCCUGGACGCGAGGGCCUCCGGGGCCCGGAGGGACGUCAGGGGCCCCCAGGCCGGGUGGACGGGCCCCAAGCUGGGCUGAGGGGGGAGAAGGGGGAUAGGGGCUUCCCGGGCGUCGAUGGGAACCCCGGCCUGCCCGGACGCUCGGGGUCACCUGGAGGGGCGGGGGUGCCGGGCGUGGCGGGACUCCCUGGGGUCAGAGGGGAUCCGGGGGAGCGCGGACUGGCCGGAACACUGGGAUCAAAGGGGGACCGAGGGGAGAGGGGGGAGCCAGGCUCAGUGCUGUCUGGCGGCGGUCUUCCAGGGAGGAAAGGCGAGCCCGGGAUCCCAGGAAUACCAGGGUCCUUGGGUCUGCCAGGCAGCAACGGCGCCAAGGGAUUCACUGGCUCGCCCGGAAUCCCGGGACAAGAUGGACGGCCCGGACUUCCAGGAGCACAAGGCGUCUUCAUCAAGGGGGACAAGGGCAGCACCGGAGAGAGGGGUCCGCCGGGGAGCGGCGGCGGGGGGGCCGGGGCCGGGGACAAGGGCUCCACGGGUGUGACGGGCCCUAUGGGGCCUCAGGGCCCAAGAGGGCUGGCGGGGGCGGCGGGCCCCAAAGGAGACAAGGGAGAGAGCGCCGAGGGGCUGCCAGGCCCAGCAGGGAGGGCCGGAGAACCAGGAGACAGGGGGCCGCGGGGGGCCUCCGGGGAGACGGGCACCAAGGGCGACCGCGGUCAGCCGGGCGAAGGCGGGGCCAAAGGGGACCGGGGCGACCGGGGACCGGCCGGAGAAGCUGGGGAGAGAGGGGAGUCGGGCAAACCAGGGCUGACGGGCCCAGCAGGACUCCGGGGGCUUCCAGGGUCCAGUGGACCGCAGGGCGAGAAGGGAAACGAGGGAGCGCGCGGAGAACCUGGCAGAACUGGUCCUGGCCUCAUGGGGAAGAAAGGGGACCAGGGCGAGCGAGGCUCUGCUGGCCCCGAGGGGCCCACCGCGGAGAACGGGACCCCCGGUGGGAAGGGGGACAAGGGCUCGCCUGGCUCUGGAGCUCCGGGCCAACCUGGGGUCAAGGGAGAGCCUGGAGAUCGGGGUCCAGCGGGCCUUAGCGGCAAGCCGGGAGCAAAGGGGGACUCCGGGGAUCCUGGGGAGCGAGGGGAGAACGGACGGCCCGGACUCCCAGGAAAGAACGGCCUUGUCGGGAAGCAGGGAGAGAAAGGAGACCGAGGGGAGGAGGGCACUCCUGGGGAGUCUGGUCUUCCAGGAAAGAACGGCGAGAGAGGACUAAGGGGCCUGGCGGGUCAGCCUGGACGACUCGGCGACAAAGGGGACCCCGGAGACCCAGGGCUGGGCGGGCGAAACGGAAGUCCUGGAGCUACCGGACCAAGAGGGGAUAAAGGAGAUGAGGGGGCCACAGGCCCUGCUGGACCGCCUGGGAAAGUGCUGGACCUCAUGCCUCAGCUGAAAGGAGAACGAGGAGACAAGGGAGACGCAGGCGACCCCGGAGAGCACGGCAGCAAGGGGCCCCCGGGCGUGGCCGGGGGCCCCGGAGCCCCAGGGAUACGGGGUGUUGAGGGGCAGCGUGGACCUCUGGGAGCCAGAGGCGACAGUGGAGAACGAGGACCCCCUGGGGAGAAGGGGGAGCGAGGUGCUUCUGGUCUGGAUGGACGAGCCGGUCUGGACGGUAAACCAGGGCCGGUCGGGCCCUCUGGCCAGCAGGGAGACGCUGGGAAGCUGGGCAAUCCAGGACGCGAUGGUCUCCCAGGCCUCCGGGGCGACCAGGGACCGUCUGGCCCCUCGGGGCCCCCGGGCAUCCCAGGGACCGCUGGCAAAGCAGGCGACGACGGCAAACCAGGGACCCCGGGCAAAAUGGGAGAGGAAGGCGUACCGGGGGAAGACGGGAGGAAGGGCGACAAAGGAGAAGGAGGAGCCGGUGGACGAGACGGCCGCGACGGACUGAAGGGCGAGCGGGGGCUGGCGGGGCCCUCCGGCCCGGCGGGGGCGGCCGGUCUCCCCGGGGUGCCGGGAGGCAUCGGACCCCCUGGACAGGUGGUGUACGUGAAGGGGGCUGCCGUGGCCCCCGUGGCCGGACCCCAGGGACCCCCCGGAGCCACGGGCGUGUCGGGGUCCCCAGGCGCGAUGGGACCCAGGGGGGAUCGAGGGCCCCAUGGAGCCAAGGGGGACACGGGCGACCCCGGAGAGGACGGAGCGCCGGGAAGACCGGGAACAGCGGUGGAUGUGCAGAAAGCGCUGUCCAACCUGGGGAUCCUGGUGUCGGACCUGAAGGUGGUGGUGGACCGGAGGGACCUCCUCGUGACCCCCCCGGUCCUGAAGCCCCAGAAGGGCCAGCAUGGCGAGCCUGGGGAGCAGGGGAGCCGGGGCCCCACGGGGGCCGACGGUCUCCGCGGCGUGCCGGGGGAGAAGGGCCCUAAAGGAGAUCAGGGGGAGCGGGGCCCGGCCGGGGCCACCGGCCCCACAGGGAGGGCCAUCGGAGAGCGCGGACCAGAAGGGCCCCCCGGACAGGCCGGAGAGCCCGGCAAGCCUGGAAUACCUGGCGUUCCCGGUAGAGCGGGGGAACUGGGAGAGGCUGGGAGGCCUGGGGAGAAGGGCGAGAGAGCGGAGAAAGGAGACAGAGGGGAGACUGGCAAAGCGGGGCUGACCGGGGCAGUUGGCCCCCCGGGUCCAAAGGGCACGUCGGCCGAGGCGGUCGUCACCGGAGCCCCGGGGGUCCGAGGGGUCCCUGGAGUCAUGGGGCCCAAGGGAGAGCCCGGAGCCCCGGGAGCACACGGGUCCAAGGGGGACCGGGGCUUCGCGGGCUCCAGCGGGGAUAAGGGAGAGCGGGGCGAGUCCGGAGAGCGAGGGCGAGACGGGUCUCAGGGGCCCGCAGGAGAACCGGGGAAAACCGGUCAGGAUGGGAAGCCGGGCAUGCCUGGGUUCCCUGGAGUUCUGGGCAGACCGGGAAACCCAGGAGAGAACGGGGUCAGAGGGCCCACAGGUCCGCUUGGCACCAACGGGCCCCCGGGACCCCCUGGAGUGAAGGGCAACAACGGCAACCCAGGGGUGGGAGUCCAGGGUCCCCCCGGGGCCCAGGGGAGCACAGGACUGCCAGGGCCCGCCGGUCUUCCAGGAGCCGUGGGUCCUCAAGGCCCUCCUGGGCUGUCCGGCCAGGUGGGCGAGGGCGGCAAACCAGGGGUCCCCGGGAGGGACGGGGUACCAGGCAAGGAAGGAACCCCGGGACUACCUGGAAAACAGGGCAUCGCUGGACCCUCAGGAGUGCAUGGAUUAAAGGGGGAGCUGGGGGACAGUGGCCCCCCAGGGAAGAUUGUGGCCGGACCCCCGGGGCCCAAAGGACGAGACGGGCUGCCGGGCCAGGCCCUACCCGGGGUGACGGGAGAACGAGGUCUACCCGGUUUUAAGGGCGACAAAGGAGAGAGGGGUCCAGCUGGGAUCAAAGGGGACAGAGCGCUGCCAGGAGAAGACGGCAGCCCCGGAGAAGAUGGGGCCCAGGGUCCAGCCGGACCCAAAGGAGACAAGGGAGAAAAGGGUGUUGGUCUGGCCGGACCCUCGGGCCAGCACGGUCCUCAAGGUUUAAAGGGAGAUCAAGGUCUUCCCGGCCCCGCCGGGCCCCUGGGGGCCAGAGGUCUGUCGGGCAAUGCGGGCCUGGCCGGCCUGAGAGGAGAGGUCGGGGAACCGGGCGCCCCCGGAGCCUCUGGGGAGCGGGGUCUCCCCGGGUUCUCAGGGCGGGUCGGCACCCCGGGGGUUCCCGGUCCGGCCGGGACCCUGGGCCCAGCGGGCGCGCCAGGUCUUGAUGGAGGAAAAGGAGACAAGGGGGAGGUCGGCGUGGGGGUCCCGGGGCUGAGAGGAGAGAGGGGGACCCCAGGCACCAGGGGUGAAGAGGGCCGGGCGGGGGAGAACGGAGAGCGCGGACCCACGGGUCCUGCCGGUAGCCGUGGCGACCGAGGAGACAAGGGAGAGUUGGGACCACAAGGAGACAAAGGAGAAAAGGGGGACACUCUGCUGGUCGGGGGACCCCCCGGAGACAAGGGCAACAAAGGGGAGCUGGGCGACCGCGGCGCCAAAGGGCUGCAGGGCGAGAAGGGCCUGAAGGGCCAGGAGGGGCCUUCGGGAGAGCAGGGUCUGCGGGGGGAGCCCGGAGAGAGGGGGUCCACGGGGUUCCAGGGGGCCCGGGGCCCCGGUGGGCAAAAGGGAGAGGCUGGGCUCCACGGGGUGCCUGGAGAAUCGGGUUCCCCAGGGAAGGACGGACUGUCUGGGCUCCGAGGGGAGAAGGGAGAGAUUGGAUUAAAUGGACCUCGAGGAAUAAAGGGCGACCGCGGGCCCAAGGGAUCCUGUGGAGCGGACGGUGCCAAGGGAGAGAAGGGUGACGGCGGGGCGCACGGGCGGCCAGGCCUCCCGGGGCGGGGGGGAGAGAAGGGAGACGCCGGCCCCACAGGGGCCACUGGGGGCCCGGGGAAGGAGGGACUGAUCGGCCCCAAGGGGGACCGUGGAUUCGACGGAGUGUUGGGGGGCAAAGGGAGUCAAGGAGAGAAGGGUGAACGGGGCCCCCCCGGGACCCCGGGCCCCACCGGCCCCCGGGGCGUCGACGGGGCCGCUGGCCUUACCGGAACCCAAGGCCCCGGUGGGUCCAAGGGCCCCGAAGGGCUCCAGGGACAGAAGGGAGAGAGAGGGCCGGUCGGCCCCGCCAUGACGGGGCCCCGCGGGGUCCCGGGCAUCCCAGGGAUCCGGGGGCAGCAGGGAGAGUUGGGUCCAGAUGGCAUGAAGGGAGAAAGAGGAGACCAGGGCUUGACGGAGGACGACAUCAAAGACUACAUCCGGCUGGAGAUGAGUCAGCACUGCGGUCUAGUCUCAGAACCUCAGUCCCGGCCGGGGGUCCGCAGGCCCGCCGCUGAGCAACAGCUGGCCAGGAAGGUGGAGGACGGCCGGGAGCUGCGCAUGGUGGUGAACACCAAUGACCCGGACUACGAACACAUCUACUCCAUCGAGUCCUACGACGAGCCGGCCGAGAACACGCCCCUCCUGAUGGCCCUGACCAAUCAGAGCGAUGGGGUGACUGAAAGAAUCUUACAAGACAAAAAACUCCCAGUUCAACCAAACAAACCGGCCAGAACCGGCCCAGUGAACCCGGCCCGACCCAGUCCUCUGAACCCAGCCCGACCAGGGCCACUGACCCCGGCCCGCGCUGGCGUUCAGCAGGCGGGGAGGGUCGCGGCACAGGGGGCACGGGGGGCACUGGGGCUGAUCCCAGGGAAGGCCGUUGAGCCCAAGUCAGUCAGGCCCAAGAGGGGCGUCGCCGUGGAAGACCCUGCCGCAGCAGAGCCCUGCCUGCUCCCCAUGGACGAGGGCGACUGCGGCCGCUACUCUCUGCGCUGGUACUUCAACCCGCGCGCGGCCGCAUGCCGACCCUUCAUCUACAGCGGCUGUGGGGGCAACGCCAACCGCUUCCUGGAGCCGGAGGACUGUGAGGAGCGCUGCCUGGAGGGGCCCGCAGGAGGUCCUCCCGGGGAGAUGAUGGAGUGAUGAACGAGGG